CCGGCCCACACUAGUGGGGGGUUCAUGUCAGCUCCCGGGAUGUGCGCGCAGGAGCUGGGCAAGGGAGGUCAAGGCCCCCCUCUCUCCUACGGCCGCUUCCGGAAGUUUCUUCAGAGGCCAGAGCCCCCAACCUCAGCUCAGCGUCCAACGAGAAGUCCGAAGUGGCGGGAAGCCGGGACUUGAGAGAGGCCGCCCCGACGCGAGGGCGGCGGGAAAACCUGGCGGAGGAUCCGGCACGUCAGGAGGGGCCCGGCUCGGCGUUUGGGAAGCAGGUUUGCCUGCGAUGAGGUUUUACUCUCUACACUUAAAGAACAUUCUUUCUGAGCUACUGUGAAUAAAUUUGGAAUGAUAUUGUCUAUUUUCAACUAAUGGAGAAUUAGCUGUAUCUUGAACAAGGAUUGCUAUACUGGACAACUUCAGAACAUUACUCACAAUGUCAUCGAACAGGAGUCAGAAUCCUCAUGGACUGAAGCAGAUCGGUCUUGACCAGAUCUGGGAUGACCUCAGAGCCGGAAUUCAGCAAGUGUACACCAGACAAAGCAUGGCAAAGUCCAGAUACAUGGAGCUCUACACUCAUGUUUAUAACUACUGUACUAGUGUGCAUCAGUCCAACCAAGCCCGGGGCGCUGGAGUCCCUCCUUCCAAGUCAAAAAAGGGGCAGACUCCUGGGGGAGCUCAGUUUGUUGGCUUGGAGUUGUACAAGCGAUUGAAGGAAUUUUUGAAGAAUUACUUGACAAAUCUUCUUAAGGAUGGAGAAGAUUUAAUGGAUGAGAGUGUUCUGAAGUUCUACACUCAGCAGUGGGAAGAUUACCGAUUCUCUAGCAAAGUGCUGAAUGGAAUCUGUGCCUACCUCAAUAGACAUUGGGUUCGCCGUGAAUGUGACGAAGGACGGAAAGGAAUAUAUGAAAUCUAUUCACUUGCAUUGGUGACAUGGAGAGAUUGUUUGUUCAGGCCGUUGAAUAAACAGGUAACAAAUGCUGUCUUAAAACUGAUUGAAAAGGAAAGAAAUGGUGAAACCAUCAAUACAAGACUGAUAAGUGGAGUUGUACAAUCUUAUGUGGAAUUGGGGCUGAAUGAAGAUGAUGCAUUUGCAAAGGGCCCUACGUUAACAGUGUAUAAAGAAUCCUUUGAAUCUCAAUUUUUGGCUGACACAGAGAGAUUUUAUACCAGAGAAAGUACUGAAUUCUUGCAGCAGAACCCAGUUACUGAAUAUAUGAAAAAGGCUGAGGCUCGUUUGCUUGAGGAACAGAGGAGGGUUCAGGUUUACCUCCAUGAGAGUACACAAGAUGAACUAGCACGGAAAUGUGAGCAGGUCCUCAUUGAAAAACACUUGGAAAUUUUCCACACAGAGUUUCAGAAUUUGUUGGAUGCUGACAAGAAUGAAGAUUUGGGCCGCAUGUAUAAUCUUGUAUCUAGAAUUCAGGAUGGCUUAGGAGAAUUGAAAAAACUACUAGAAACACAUAUUCAUAAUCAGGGUCUUGCAGCAAUUGAGAAGUGUGGAGAAGCUGCCCUAAAUGACCCCAAGAUGUAUGUACAGACAGUGCUGGAUGUUCAUAAAAAAUACAAUGCCCUGGUGAUGUCAGCGUUCAACAAUGAUGCUGGCUUUGUGGCUGCCCUUGAUAAGGCUUGUGGUCGCUUCAUAAACAACAAUGCAGUUACCAAAAUGGCCCAGUCAUCCAGUAAAUCCCCUGAGCUGCUUGCUAGGUACUGUGACUCCUUAUUGAAGAAAAGUUCCAAGAAUCCAGAAGAGGCAGAACUAGAAGACACCCUCAAUCAAGUGAUGGUGGUGUUCAAGUACAUCGAGGACAAGGAUGUGUUUCAGAAGUUCUAUGCGAAGAUGCUUGCCAAGAGGCUGGUGCACCAGAACAGUGCGAGCGACGACGCUGAAGCCAGCAUGAUCUCCAAGUUAAAGCAAGCUUGUGGUUUUGAGUACACUUCCAAACUUCAGCGAAUGUUUCAAGACAUUGGUGUAAGCAAAGAUCUGAACGAACAGUUCAAAAAGCACCUAACGAAUUCAGAACCACUGGACUUGGACUUCAGUAUUCAGGUCCUGAGUUCUGGAUCGUGGCCCUUUCAGCAGUCUUGCACAUUUGCCUUGCCAUCAGAGUUGGAGCGCAGUUAUCAGCGAUUUACAGCUUUCUACGCCAGCCGUCACAGUGGCAGGAAAUUGACAUGGUUGUAUCAACUGUCCAAAGGGGAACUAGUCACUAACUGCUUCAAAAACAGAUACACUUUGCAGGCGUCCACAUUCCAAAUGGCGAUCCUGCUUCAGUACAACACAGAAGAUGCCUACACUGUGCAGCAGCUGACUGACAGCACUCAAAUUAAAAUGGACAUUUUGGCACAAGUCCUACAGAUUUUACUGAAGUCAAAGUUGCUGGUCUUGGAAGAUGAAAAUGCAAAUGUUGAUGAGGUGGAAUUGAAGCCAGACACCUUAAUUAAGUUAUAUCUUGGUUAUAAAAAUAAGAAAUUAAGGGUUAAUAUCAAUGUACCAAUGAAAACCGAACAGAAGCAGGAACAAGAAACCACACACAAAAAUAUAGAGGAAGACCGCAAACUACUGAUUCAGGCUGCCAUCGUGCGAAUCAUGAAAAUGAGGAAAGUCCUGAAACACCAGCAGUUACUUGGUGAAGUCCUCACUCAGCUGUCCUCCAGGUUCAAACCUCGGGUCCCCGUGAUCAAGAAAUGCAUUGAUAUUCUCAUCGAAAAAGAAUAUUUGGAGCGAGUCGAUGGUGAAAAGGAUACCUACAGUUACUUGGCUUAACCCAUCUAGAAGGGUCUGUGUGACCCACAAGCAAAUAGUUCCAGUGAAUAGAAUGGAAACAACUCAAGUUCAUAGCAGCCAGCCUGCCGCCAUUUGGACCUCCCUUUUUAAAGCUGAGACCACAGUUUCCCACCAGUUGGUCUCAAGCUACAGCAGGACUGCUCAGGACUGACACAUUUCAGUCUGUAAACAGACACCAACGCCAUUUCCCUACCUUACGGACAGGGGACUGAACCUUCCAUGCUGAGGCCGCAUGCUACUGCACUUAAAGCAAUUCAUUGGCUCCCUGGUUAACAGCUGUCAUCCGAGGCAGCACACGAGAGAGAGUUUGAA